UAUCUUCUCUUCUUCACUUGCUCUAUACUAGUUCUUUAGAUAGAUGCUAUAAGAUCUCUCUCUCUCUCUCUCUCUCUCUCUUAUUUUUCUCUAUUGGAAGAACAAAAAAAUGAAUAUCUCUCAAAACCCUAGCCCUAAUUUCACGUACUUCUCCGAUGAAAACUAUAUCAAUCCGUUUAUGGAUAACAAUGAUUUCUCAAAUUUGAUGUUCUUCGACCUCGAUGAAGGAGGUAACAAUGGAUUAAUCGAGGAGGAGAUUUCAUCUCCGACAAGCAUCGUUUCGUCGGAGACAUUUACCGGUGAAAGCGGCGGAUCCGGCAGCGCAACAACGUUGAGUAAAAAGGAAUCAACUAAUAGAGGAAGUAAAGAGAGUGGUCAGACGAAGGAGACGGGUCAUAGAGUUGCAUUUAGAACGAGAUCGAAGAUUGAUGUGAUGGAUGAUGGUUUUAAAUGGAGGAAGUAUGGCAAGAAAUCUGUCAAAAACAACAUUAACAAGAGGAAUUACUACAAAUGCUCAAGUGAAGGUUGCUCGGUGAAGAAGAGGGUAGAGAGAGAUGGUGACGAUGCAGCUUAUGUGAUUACAACAUAUGAAGGAGUCCAUAACCAUGAGAGCCCCUCUCAUGUCUAUUACAAUGACAUGGUUUUGUCUUAUGAUCAUGAUAACUGGAACCAACACUCUCUUCUUCGAUCUUAAUGCAAAUCUCUCAUCCUCCUUGAGAUUGUAAGAUACCACCAAUAUUAUAAUCUCAAUGCUUUGUAUAAUUUUAUAGGUGUAUAAUAAAUUAAAGGAGUUAUU